AUGUUCGGGAACGUCGACGCUUCGGGGUACGUCGACGCCGAUUACCUCGACGAGGACGCGAAGGAGAGUCUCUCCGCCUUGGCCGACAAGUUGGGAUCAUCUCUCGCUGACCUAGGUUUGGUGGGCUCCCCCUUGGCCGCAGCCGAAGGACUUGAUGAUGGGGAAGAGGAUGCCGGCUUCGCUUGCAGUGGCGACGAUGAGGACGAUGAAUUGCCCGGGCUGUCACCGAACCAGGGAUUCUCUGUUUUGGAUACUUCGGUAGAUCUUUCGGCCACUCAACCACCGCUCUUUGACGAAGAAGACUACGAUGCGGACGCCGAAACCGCAAAAGGGAGUCAGGUGGCGGAGAAUCAGCCCGAAUCGCAUGCGUUGUUAGGAUCUCGUGGCGGCUGUCUCAUAUCCGUCGAACCCUUGGAGGACGAUGAAUGCGUAGCUUCAGACGUGGAAGAUCCCCUGGAACACCCCGUCGCUGCGCUGGAAUCAAGUGAGUCGAAAGAGGGGGUUGAUCUUCCUGUCUUGUGCAUAGAAGGCGGAAAGGAAAUCUUACGCUUUUCUGAGAUUUUUGGCGUUCACGAGCCGUCGAUGACGAUGGGAAGGUGGUUCCUUCCAUGGAACCCGAGCAUUAAAGCAAAAUUCGGGAACUUGGGGGGUACUGAUACUGUGGAAGACGAUGAGGAGGACUUCCUGAAAACUGCUUUUCACGUUCCAGUUAUCGGCAGAGAUCUCAGUCUAGAGAAAGAGGAUCAUGUAGACAAGCAGGGAGGGGAUGAAGACUCUUGCCUUCCUGGGCAGCCGAUGAAAGAGGAAGCAGUCGUAGAUGAAGCUGCAAGAUGGUGGGAGGACGGUGGCCCCGGGUUCUACCUCGUUGAUCAGCGAAACUGGGAAGAUGAAAUCGUUUGGGAAAGCCCACCCAGCACAAGCCACGGGUACGGGAGUUGCGUGAUCUCUGAGCACGAAACUGACGCUGAAGCCGGAGAAAUGGCCAAUUCACAGCAUCUUGUUCAAGGUUUCCGGAUGAAGCCCGAAGAGGAUCACCAUUUAGUUUCUUGUGCCGAUUCUAAGGAAGUGCCCUUGAUAUUAAGAGAAGAUUGUGGACCAACAGAGCUUCAAGCCUCGGAGGAGAUGAGAAUAGGUCAAGAAACUGCUGAAGUUAAAACCAUGAAAGGAGUGGAAAAACUUGCAGAAUGGCAUACUAGAAAGCUGUCACUGCAGAAUAUGGAUUUCCUCGAUGGCAGCUGGCUAGAUCAGAUUGUAUGGGAUCCAACUGAUCACAUUCCAAAGCCAAAACUGGUCCUUCUUCCACAAUUUUUGGGUCAUUCAGAUCGUCGUGGGCUCCCCACUGAUAGAUUCAACCUAUCUAAUGACGAAUUCUAUUCAGACCUCACCGUAGGUUUGCAGCCAAGAUCCCGCCCCAAGAGGCGCGCUGAUUAUUUACCCAAAGUAAUCCAUUCUAUUCCUGCUCUAAAGUUGCAGACCAUGAAACCAAGGUUGACCACCCGGGAAAUUGCUCACUUUCAUCGGCCAAAAUCUACUUGGUACCCUCACGAGAAUGAAUACGCCUCUAAGUUGCAGGGAGCUCUCUGUACUCAAGGACCCAUCAAAAUUAUGCUGAAGGCGCUAGGGGGAAAACACAUCAAGCUUCAUAUGGAUGCUGGGGGGGCAGCGUUAUUCAUCAAAUCAAAAAUAGCAAAGAAGCUUGACUUCAAAUUGACCGAGAAGGUCAAGAUAUUAUACCGAGGAAAGGAGCUCGAGGAUGAGAAGCCUCUUGCCCAUCAGGACGUCAGACCUAAUUCUUUACUUCAUAUCAUAAGGAGCAAACUACAUUUGUGGCCGAGUGUGGGAUUUCUACCGGGGAGUAGUGAGUAUUCAUGUCCUCUCAGAGCAUUCAUAAGGAAAUCUGACCUUUCCCUUCGAGAUGGGCGCGCUCUCCUCAUGGAAUACAGUGAGGAGAGGCCCCUCCUUCUGGGAAACAUUGGCAUGGGUGCAAGAAUCUGUGCCUAUUAUCGCAAGCCGAAGCACGGAGACCAAGCUCCUUCGCCACCCAGAAAUGGAAAUGAUGGUCUUGGGGAUGUCAUCACAUUAGAUCCUGCUGAUGAGUCUCCUUUCCUCGGAGACAUUAGCCCUGGUUCCAGUCAGCUAAGCCUCGAGACAAACAUGUACCGGGCGCCAUUGUUUCUGCACAAGUCAUCGUCGACCGACUAUCUAUUGGUUCGAUCGGCAAAAGGGAUGCUUUCUCUUCGGAGGAUCAGUAAAUUGUAUGUGGUAGGUCAGCAGGAGCCUCACGUAGAGGUGAGUUCUCCUGGAAUGGCGAGUGUUCGGAAUUACAACUCGAAGAGGCUCCUGGUAUAUGUGUACAGGGAGUUCUGUGCCAAGGAACAGUUUCGUUUGUGCCCAUGGAUCCGCGCAGAUGAAGUCUCUUUGCAGUUUCCGAGCCUCUCAGAAGGGCUUCUGAGAAAAAGACUGAAGCACUGCGCUGAUUUCCUUAGGAGGCCAAAUGGUGCUUGUUUCUGGGUGAAGAAGCCAGAUUUCCGGGUGCCAUCUGAGGGAGAAAUCAGGAGGAUUUUGUCUCCAGAGGACGUAUGCUCUUAUGAGAGCAUGCAGGCUGGUCUUCACAGCCUGAAACGCAUGGGGAUCAGUGAGCUUCGGCGCCCUAUCAGCCUGCCAUCAAGGCUUCAUCAGCUUUCUCAGGAUCCCCCUGCCCUUGCUGCUGCCUCAUAUAUUCAGUGGGAGCUCCUGAUGACCCCAUGGAAUCUGAGUGCAAGGUUUGUUUCGUGGGUGAAUCAGGGUCUGAAGAACAGAAAGGCACCUGCUUUUCGAGCAGGAUUGAGAGCUUCCGUUGAUGAGGCUGAUCUUGAAAAUCUGAGUGUCGGGGGCACUUCUGAUCUUCUCCCCAUGUUAGGUUUCUGUUACUGUCAGAUUAUGAUGAGAACCAGGUACGAUCAAUGUUCGAUGGUGAGGCCUCCUCAUCUGGACCAAAGAAAAUGCCUGGAGAUAUGGGAUCGGGGGAUUCGGAGUCUCUCGCAUCCUGCCGUAGAAGGUGACCCUGAUUUGGAUUCUUUUGCCAUGGAUCUUGAAGAUCUAUUGGUUGCCGAAGAAUCCAGGAAAGGAAAGCGCAGGUUCUUUGAUCUCGGGGAUGAUGAACCGAGAGAAGCAGAAGAUGAAGAAGAUGAAGCAUCCGAGGCAUCUCUAAUGAGCAUCCGCCUUGACGAUGAUGAUGAUAUCAAGAUGAAGAUCAAGGAGAAGACAAGAGGGAGGGUGAAGGGCGUACCUCAUUCUCUGAAGAGAGCACCAUUUUCGGAGAAGAACGGUGAUAUGUUUGCUGGAUUAUUUGAUGGGAAAAAAGAAUCGAUCAGCGUACAGAGAAGACCGAUUUUCGCCUGUGGAGCAUGCGGCCAAAUGGGGCACAUGAAGACGAACAAAAACUGUCCCAAGCACAGAGACGAGUCAGGAACAUCGGAAUCAGAAAAUGCAUCAGCGAGAUCUCUUGUUGAGUCUGGGAUGCGUCCCCCUUUGCAGGCCUCCACUAGAAAGCUGAUGAGGGUGGAAAUCUCUGAGAGAGAUGAAGGCUCCGGCAUGAAUGCGCCGGGGAGCGGUGCUCUCCGGUUGAAGUUCAAAUGCAUUCGGGGAGAUUUGGAUCGUGAAGAAGUGGAAGAAACCGAUGCUCAUCCCAGCCCUAAUGGAGAUAGGAUCGCAGAGAUUUCCGGCCAUACGAAGUCGGGGGAUAACCAGGAAGAGUCGCAAAUAUCUUCUCUCGUGCUGCGGCUCCCUGCUCGCCGGAAGAUCAUCUUGAAACCGCCAAAGCUUGUAAGUAAUGUGGAAGCGGGCGAGGCCGAGGCAGAUAAUAACUUCAUAGAUGCAGGAACCAGUGCCGAACGGGGAGGUUUGGUGGAGGACAUAAAGAAGCACAGCAAGCAGCCGAGGAGAUUUCUCAGGCAGGAGAAGAUUUCGAAGAACAUUUCUGAGGAUCGAUUGCUUUGGACGACGACUUGCGAGAGGAAGAAUCCCCGAGAGGGAGAGAGGAAAGCAAAAUCAGGCUCGCUAGGCUCGUACGAGACCCGCCCACAGGGUGGAAGGAGGCAGCUGGUACCCUCCAAACGCCGUCGGACAGGCGAGGUGAUGCUGUCCACCAUCUUAGAAACGAUCGUAGACGAUCUGAGAAAGCACCACGAGAUAUCGUACCUCUUCGUGAGACCAGUUUCGAGGAGAGAAGCCCCCGAUUACCUCGACAUCAUACAGAACCCCAUCGAUCUCUCCACUAUCAAAGAGAAGGCGAGGAGGAUGGAGUACAGGAACCGGGACGAGUUCCGGCGUGAUGUCUGGCUAAUCAAUUUCAAUGCGCAUAGAUAUAAUGACGGGCGGAAUCCGGGGGUUCCCCCUCUUGCCGACGAGCUCCUCAGGAUCUGUGAUCGUCUGUUGGAUCAGUACUCUGGCAGCUUGGCUGAAGCUGAAGACGGGAUCGAGUUCUUGCGUGCAUGA